AUGUCAAACUCAACUUUUACGUUGCCCGCUAGGUUGAAUACGCUUCAAGAACAGCUAACGUACAUUGUACUUCCAGUCUAUAUUGUUCUCGGUAUCUUUGGCAAUGGAUUUUGUAUCGCCUAUUUCUUACAAAGAUCUCAACGUUCAAGUUCAUGUGCAUUUUAUCUAUUACUCGCUGCUAUUGUCAAUAUGCUUGCUGUCGUAUUCGGUGUAACGACAAAUAUUGUUAAUCUUUGGAAAUCAAUCGCCACGACAUCUCUUAUCUAUUGUAAACUACGAAUGUAUAUCAAUCACACAUUAAUAUUUAUUGGAAGAUCAUUUACAAUUCUAGCUUCAAUUGAUAUUUAUUCGAUGACUUCUCAAAAACUAACUCAUCGAGUAUUUAGUCAACACUCAUAUGCUAUUAAAUAUGCUAUAGCUGUUGUUAUUUGUUGUCCUUUAAUCGCCGUUCACAUUCCAAUUAUGAAUACAAUUGUUGCUGGUCAAUGUGUUAUGACAGGUGUAUAUUCGUUGAUAUUCGCAAUUUAUCAAAUGCUCAUUGCUGGCGUUAUACCACCAAUAGCAAUGGUUACGUUUAGUUGUCUAGCGUAUUUCAACAUGCAAAAGUUGAAUAUUCGACAGGACAAUCUGAUAAAACAACAACAACAACGGCAGCAUUUACGUAUGGUAAUCACUCAAAUUGUUGUUUAUAUUAUUUCCGCUGAACUUGUACCAAUCACCACACUCUAUAAACAAUUGACGGCAAAUGUAAUUGGAAAAAGUCAAGAUCAAAAAGCGAUAGAAGCAUUUAUUGUAUUCCUCGCAUCUAAUUUCCUCCUUUAUCUCAAUACAUGGGCUGCAUUUUUCAUUUACUAUGCAACGUCAUCUGCUUUUCGACUGGCUUUUAUUCGUAUUUUCAAAAAACGUUUUCGCAUUGACGCACUGCCAAUGGCAGAAAUCCUUAACAACACUUUACCUACGAACAGAAACGCAUAA